AUGUCUACGAGGAAGGUGCGAGUCAAGAAGCUCAGCCCCAAGACCGCCCUUGGGGUGCACCGGGAGGACCAGAUCGAUCGAAGCGAUUAUGAAGCUCUCACAACUGAUAACCAAAUCGCGACCGGUGUCGAGCAAGCCGAGGAAAAUGAAUACCAUCUCCAGACUAUCCUUAAAGAGGCGGGUACCAGUAAUGACCAAGAAAUCCCGGUCCCGCCUCCCCAACCAAGCAAAAUCAAGUAUGACGAUCUCUAUCGAAUGCGGUUCUCAGGACCGCAGUCUUAUAUCCGAUUCUCGCAAACGGUAGAAGAGUGUGUGUCGUGUCAAUAUGACAUGACGGCUGAGGACGAUGAGUUCCUCAAGCAGUACAACAGCAGUAAGAAGGGAGCGGCGGAUGCGCUCACGGAGGAUGACUUUGAGCGAAUGAUGGACAUCUUCGAGGAGACUGCCUCUGCGCAGACACCCUUCGCGUCCGUCGACAACACCGUGGUAGCAUAUGACGCCAUGGUACCGUCUCUAAACUCACUGAAUUCGCCUCAAAUUAUGCCUCAUGCCAAGGCCAUAUACGAGUACUGGAAGUCUCGUCGGCUUGAGGUCGGUAACAAGACCAUCCAUCCCUCGCUCAAGUUCGAGACGCAUCCCGAGAGUGAUGACAUGGAUCCAUAUGUGUGUUUCCGGAGGAGAGAGGCUAGGCAAACCCGCAAGACCAGGGCUCGCGAUGUACAAUGCGCCGAGAAGCUCAAGAAGUUGCGUCGUGAGCUGGAGGAAGGCCGUCAGCUCAUCGUCCUCUCACGCGAAAGAGAACUACUCAAGCGUGAGCUGAUGAAUUUUGAGAGAAGUGUCUUUGAGCAGAGGCAGAGGGUCAAGGCCAUCAAGAUCCGACUCGGCAUCAAGACGGAGGACGAGGACCUCUUCCACCAGAAGCCACAAAAGAGGAAGGCCGCCGAGGUGCCUGCCCUUCAGAAGCCCCCUGGUGGCCCCAAGGGUGUACCUGCGCGUGUGGACACCAGGCCCGCGGAGCCAGAGCUUGUUCUCCUAGAGGACAAACUUGCUGAGAAGGAGAACGAAUUGCGGUUGGAUCUUGAAAACAAGGUGCUCUACCACCGCCAGUGGAACCAAGAUUAUGUGGAUCUUACCAUGGGGCCCCUCUCUCCGCCCGACGACCAGCGUAUGGAACAUAUUAAGUUCCGGCCAGCCAAGAUGCAGUAUCUCAUGACACCUCCCGCAUCCAGCGCCUCGGACUCGAUGGAUAUCGACGAAGAGCCGCCGCCAUCCCCCGUAAUGCAGAAGCCGCCGGCAUUCCAGUUCAAGGCUGGAGGAGCGAAGGAACUGCCGACGCCCGUUCCCAGACACCCCGCAUUCCGACGUCGUAUCGGUCGUCUGGGAAGGCUCUGGAUAGAUCGGCGGGGUCUCGGCGUGUCGCGAGGACUACUCGACGACACGUCAGAUAGGUGGAAGUAUGACUCCGAUGAGGACGAGGACACCCCCAUCUAUGAAGUGGAUCCCUUCAACACCACAGCCCUGCGCUUCCGAUCAACUGUACCCCUUCCCAACUUUAUGUGGAAGAGGCCGAAAGAACUUUCGGCAAUAGAACAAGCAGGUAGCUCACCUCACGGCCAACAGCAAGUGGCCCAGGCAGCCCAGGCCGCUCAGCAGGCUCAAGCGGCCCAGCUGGCCCAGCAGCAGGCGCAGAAGCGGCCAGCCUCCUGA